AUGGGUAAAGCAGUGAAACUAGGCUGGUGGGUUCUGUCUGAGACGCUCCUUGAGGUCAGAGAGGGAGUCUGCCCCAGCCGUUCUUCUCUGGGGGGAGGCGUGAUGGCACUGGCAGGAGCUAUCCUAGCCCUCUCAGUGCCCUCCCUGACAGGCAUGCCUCCCUGGUGCCCACCUGGUGAAGAACUGGGGAGAGAGACCUGCGGGGUAGGGGGAAGGCAGGCACGACCUCAGGAAAGGAAGUGUGAACCCGACCCCGGCGUCAUCGGCCCGCUUCCCUUCUUAGACACAAACCACCUCAGGUUGUGGGUCUCAGCCUCCUUCCCCCGCUCACCCGUUGAUGUGUUCAAACAACAGAAGCUAAUAUUUAUUGACAUUUGUACCAAGCCAAGCAUCCUACUUGGAUUACCUCCCUCGUUUCUCACAGCCAAUAUUUAUUAUCUGCUCUUCUGUGCCAGGCACUGUGCUCUGGGGCAGGGGUACCGCACUCUGCCUCCCUGGUGGAGCUUCUGGCCUGGUGGGUGGGACUGA